CUCGCCAUCCAUCAUACGUUCAUUGGGUCUUUACUCCCGACUCUUCCCAAUCUGCAGAGAUGUCGGCACCACAUUUUGCCAAUUUCGUCGUCAAGAGGCCAUGGCUUCGGGCCUGGAUGCAGCCGCUGGCUAACUGGUAUGCCAACGCCUCGGGAUAUCGUCAGAUCGGUCUGAGGGCCGAUGAUUUGAUCCCCGAAGAAAGCGACAUCGUUCAGCAAGCCUUGAAGCGACUACCCCCGAAAGAAGCCUACGACCGUGUCUUCCGGAUGCGAAGAGCUUUCCAAUGCUCGCUUUCACAUCAACUGCUCCCGAAGGCAGAACAGACGACCGCAGAACAGGAUGUCCCGUAUCUUUCACCGAUCAUCGAAGCUAUCGAAGCCGAGCAGAAAGAGCGGGCGGAUAUGGAUGCUAUUGUCGUUGCGCGCCCGAAGGCGCAGCACUAAGCUCAGUCGAACCGCAUCUCCACACCGUUCUUUGUCAAUAUUGAUAGAAUGUACAAUACCAGAGGAGUGUCUCAAUACGAACGAUAAGAAUCAGUUAUACGUUUGUGCCGAGCAUCCAUAGCCAAGAGGCUUGACCGACCAGCUGAUAUGAAUUGAAUCUUGUCCCAUAUUGUAUUGAUUCACUCUCGGGCAGGAUCGGAACUUCCCAUUUGGUCCCAUACAUGCAUGAGUAUUGUGAUGCCGGGUUUCAUUACGGAAAGGGUUCUUUGUCGGGGUACAUACUUGCGCGACUCACGUAGUACUUCAUGAGAUCAGAAUUGCUAUGUAACAUGCUACAGCUCACUUG